ACUUCGAUAUCCACGAGUCCAGCCCAAGCAUAUCCGUCUUGCAUCCACGUAUCAAACCUCGGCACGUAAUACUACAAAGAUGCCAUCCGACGAGAGCCAUCAAACAAGGACGCCUUUGCUCGGCAACAGUCAGAGAGGAGCAGGAGCCAGGAUACGUUCAACGUCCCGCAGCGUCCGCGACAAGACCAGCAGUGGCGUCUCGCUCAUCACAAACAUCUUCCGCGGCGGCCUUUUCUCCCCGCCGACACUGACGUACGACCCGCUGCUCUUGCUUCUGAACCACGACGAGAAGAGCGAGCGGGACAGGCUCACCGAGAAAUGGAAAGACAACAAGUUGCAAGAGCUCAACUUCGUCGGCGUCGUGGCCGCUCUGCUCGCGAACGUUCUGACGUCGACCGGUUCGUGGCCGAACCUGCUGCCACCGGGCACCACGACGCCGUGGCCCGUCCGCACGUCCUGGUUCUGCGGCAUCGCCUUUGCUCUCGCCAGCGUCUUGACCGCGGCAGACCAAACGAUCCGGCUCCACCGGAUGGCGGGGCACAGAGACGGCCUGGUCCUCAUCAGGCAGUCGCUGCGCACCAAGGACCGCGUGUUGAUCGGCACGGAAUGGAAGUAUCGCCCCCGGCAGAUGCAGGUCUACGCGUGGCAGCUGGGGGUCCUGUUCCUGGCGGGAUCGGUGGUGUUCAUGAUGUCCGGACUGGUCUUCCUCGUCUGGAGUGCCGUGGUCGAGGACUUGGGCCAAGGAAGGGGGUUUGAUGAUAAUGGAAAGGUUGCCGUGAUAUUCACCGUCGUGGCCCUAAGCGUGGCCGUCGUAUUCGUCGCGGGGCAAGCAACUCUUUAUCACCCGGUGCCGAAAGGAGGCGAUAUUGAAGAUGCCGAGUAAGCUGUUCAAGCUUCGGCUUUUCGCGCUUUUCCGAAAACACUAUCAAUUUUCAGCAAUAGCAUGUAUGGAAUAACUGUUAAGUUUGAUGUGCGAGUAUUGGAGGUUCACAAUAGGGGAGAAGCUGGGUACAGGCGUAGAUACUGGCGUGCCGUCUCUCCUCUUUAGGUUCGGAUGCAUGAUUUCCUCGCGGCUAAAUUGGUACGUGGAUAGCGGCGAGGUUUCUCAAGGCCCACAUGACGACCAAUGACCACGAUUCAAGAGUAGUUAAUUUGGGAAUAUAAGACGCCAGUUGCUGUUUGCAAUGUACGGCAGUUCUUUC